CACGACGGGCACGGCCAAGGCUCCGAGGACACGCCGAGGGGGCUCCGAGGGGACGCGGCGGCCAUGGCGGACCACGAAGCGGGGCUCCCGACCAAGUCCCGGCGGGCGCCAGAGGAGGGCGAUCCUGGCCUCGGUGUGUGUGGAUGGAUCCUGGUGAUCACCUCGCUGGUUUUCACCGUUCUUACAUUUCCCAUAUCCAUCUGGAUGUGCAUAAAGAUCAUAAAGGAGUACGAGCGCGCCAUCAUAUUCCGGCUGGGCCGCAUCCUGAAAGGGGGAGCCAAGGGACCAGGUUUGUUUUUCGUCCUGCCCUGCACAGACAGCUUCAUCAAGGUUGAUAUGAGAACCAUCUCUUUCGAUAUUCCUCCCCAGGAGAUCCUGACCAAGGACUCGGUGACGGUGAACGUGGACGGGGUGGUUUAUUACCGGGUCCAGAACGCCACCCUGGCCGUGGCAAACAUCACCAACGCCGACUCUGCCACCCGCCUGCUGGCACAGACCACCCUGAGGAACGUCCUGGGCACCAAGAACCUGUCUGAGAUCCUCUCUGACCGGGAGGAGAUUGCACACAGCAUGCAUGCCACGCUUGACGAGGCCACGGAUGACUGGGGCAUCAAGGUGGAGCGUGUGGAGAUCAAGGACGUGAAGCUGCCCGUGCAGCUGCAGAGGGCCAUGGCUGCAGAGGCAGAGGCUGCCCGGGAGGCCAGAGCCAAGGUGAUCGCGGCCGAGGGGGAGAUGAACGCGUCCCGCGCGCUCAAGGAGGCCUCCAUGGUCAUCACCGAGUCCCCCGCCGCGCUGCAGCUGCGCUACCUGCAGACCCUGACCACCAUCGCCGCCGAGAAGAACUCCACCAUCGUCUUCCCCUUGCCCAUCAACAUCCUGCAGGGCCUGCUCCGCAUGAAGGAGUAGGCAGGGGCAGGGCCGGGCUCAGCCGCCCCUGCAGCGCUGCAGUCCUGGGUAGUGUAGCUCGUGGCAGUGUUAGCAAAGUGGGGUUGGGAGGAACCGUUCCCCUGUUUUACUGUGUGUUAUAAAACUUGUCUGUAGUGUUUGUGGGAUGGACAAUCGCAAUUCUUUGGAGUUGAAAGUCUCUCAGGAGGAGUGCAAGCAGGUUGUGAUCUUAAAUAAGCUUUAUCCAUACUGUCCUGGAUGGGACAUCUCUAACCCAAAACCUCCCCUUUAGUGCAGAAAAGUUGUCGUAGAGAUGAUCCAACAUUUGGAAAGAGAAUUAUUCCCUGCAAGAGCAGUGGAAGAGCCCUGACUGUAUUCUCCUGGAGUGUAGCUGUAUGUGCUGGAGUCAGCAGGUUGGUUCUCUGCCUUACACAAGGAAAAGUAACGGAAGUUGAUGCAGGAGUGAGAAUACUGUCCUGGGGACUUGUGAAAAUCAGGCUCCUGCUCUCUAAUCCAGUCCCCAUUCAUGAGAAACAGUUGUUGGUGGAACUUUCCAUCUGUUGUGCCCCCAGGAACGGCACACACGUGCCGUGGUUAUGGAUACAACGUGCUUGUGGUCACUGCUGGGCUGGUGUUCUGCCAGGGCUGUGUCUGUGUAGAGUUAAGCUGCUUUAACGCACUGUUUCUCUUAAAGAUAAUUUUUAAAAACCAAA